CAGCCAAACCCGCAACACAUAAUAACACGUGUAUGCAGACAAGACGGAAUGUUUUUACUGUCUGCUUCCAAAACACACGGUUGCUAUAGCGCGUUAAGACCAGUCAUAGCACUCUUCCUAACACAGAGACACUGAAGGAACAUUUCUGACUCUUUUCAUGCGGAUACCAACUGAUUGAAUGCGAAGAUGAAUAAUGUAUGUUCGUUGCCGACUUAAGAUGUGUUUGCCCCGCAGGUGCGAAGAUGAAGCGACAAUGAUCAGCGCCGAUGGCCGCUCCGCCAAGCGCGAGGAGACCCGGGACUCUGGCAAGAGGAGCCGGCGAGCUCCAGAAAUGCUGCAUCUCAUGUUCGCCGUGUCCGUGUGGCUCGUGACGGGCACCACCAUAUCCAGCCUCAACAAAUGGAUCUUCGCCGUCUACAACUUCAGAUACCCGCUGCUGCUGUCGGCCCUGCACAUGCUGACAGCAAUAGUGGUGGACUACGGGCUGAUCAAAAGCAGGGUCGUCCGGCACAAAGGCGUCGGCGAGCAGGACCUGACCACCAGCGCCAAAUGCAAAGUGUUCCUGCUGAGCCUGACGUUUUGCGCCAGCAUCGCCUUUGGGAACGUGGGACUCAAUUAUGUGCAGCUUUCGUUUGCGCAGAUGAUCUACACUACGACGCCGCUAUUCACGCUGGCGAUCUCGGCGCUGAUUUUGGGCAAGCAGCACCACAUUCUCAAGUACACCGCGAUGAUGCCCAUCUGCCUCGGGGCGUCCUUCAGCAUUAUGGGCGAGGUGCAGUUCGACCAGACCGGCUGCCUGUUUGUGUUCGCUGCCACUAUGCUGAGAGGCGUUAAAACUAUUCAGCAAAGCAUCUUGCUCCAGGAGGAGAAGAUCAACUCCGUCUUCCUGCUGUACCUGAUGUCCAUCCCCAGCUUCUGCAUCCUGGCCGUAGCUGCUCUGGCCCUGGAAAACUGGGCUGCGCUUCAAUCCCCUUUCCAGUAUGACCACCAUCUCUGGGGCUUCAUCUUGCUCAGCUGUCUGGGGUCAGUGCUUUAUAACUUGGCCAGCUGCUGCGUCAUUACCCUGACCUCCGCUGUUACGCUGCACAUACUGGGCAACCUGAAUGUGGUGGGCAACCUGCUGCUCUCCCAGGUGCUGUUUGGGCAUGAGCUGACGGCUCUGAGCUGUGCCGGAGCCGCUCUCACACUGUCAGGCAUGAUCAUCUACCAGAACUCAGAGAUCAUUGUGGCUUACCUUGAUGCCCGGAGAGCCAGAACGCCAGCUGGUGAUAGUGGAGAGGAAGAGCUUCUUGCCAGGGAGAAUGACUUGAGUAUUUCACAGACAACUGCAGAAACAUGUUCAGAUGAAGAAUCAUUUGCAGAUGCUAAAGAACCUAAUGAGAGGACAGAUAUGGAGAUUCAUGAGAAAACUGAUUGAAGGAAUGUACAUAAGAUGAUGUUCCAAAACCUAGUGAGCUGCAGUGUUAACUAGAGGCCAAGAACAAAAGGAGGAAAAUGAAAGUAAAUGGGAUUUGAGGUAGUCUCUGGCUCUUAACAACUUAAUCAAGGGGGCGAAGCAACUUUUUUUAAUAUAGUUUAGUAAAACUAAAGUCAUGAAAAACAGAUUUAUAUUUGUAGCUUAUUUCUAAAGCAACAUUUCUCAUGAACGUGACAUUCAAAAACAAUAAAUACUAACACCGGAUGAGGCUACAUACAAAAGAAUCAUUAAAAUAUUCAUUAAAAUUCAAAUAAACUUAAAAAAAAAUGACACAAAAUAUCAAUAAAAUGAUUUAAAUGAUAAAUGAUAAAAUGUAUUAUAGUAUGUUUGUAUCCAGGAUACUCUUGAAAAGGAGAUUACAAAUACUCUGAUAAACAUUUAAAUAAAUAAAUAAAUAUGUAAAUUAAAUAUUAAUAAUGAAUAUAAAAUGAUACAGGGAUGGACAUUCUGUAAAAUAACUUUUUAGUGCUCUGCAAAUGACAAAAGAAUGCCAUACAUGACAAAUAAAGUUAACUUUGGGUAAUCUAUUACUUUUCCAGUCCUGGGUUGUGGCUGAAAGGGCAUCCGAUGCCUAAAACACAUGCUGAAAUAGUUGGCGAUAAAUAAAGGACUAAGCCAAAGGAAAAAGAAUGAAUGAACGAUCUAUUACUUUAUAUAACCAUUGUGUCACAGAGAUAGCUCUUUUCACGCACAAUUUUAAAGCCUAAAAUAUAACAAAGUAUAGGCAGUGCUGCUGUCUUGUGAAAUAAAAACAUUUUGCAUGAAAAAUUGUCAGCAUGCAAAAACAAACUAGGUAGUAUACUUGUGGAUAAUGUAUAUCUGACCACUGUGCUGAAGUAUGGUGUUAGCAUGUUGCUAAGCUAACACAGUGAUACUUGAACAAAUAUAAAAUAUUUAUGAAAAAUUACAGAAUAUUUGAUCAUCUAAAAUAGAUUUAAUUAUUUCAUUGAUACUUUUCAGUGCUGAAAUAAUUAGGAAUAUAUUUUCACCGCAAUACCCACAUUCUCCACCACUUUUUUUGCUAACACGUAUCAUUAAAGAUAUGUAAUUCUGAAUUUAGCAACCCAGGCUCAUUCUGAUUACGUAGCCCUAUAUAUAUUUCUAGAGAGAAAAAUAAGUCCCAGGAGCUACGUUUUUUUUAUUUUAUUUUUUUUUUCCAGUUUUAGUGAAUCAACCCGAGGCUGUUGUGUACGCUUUUUAAGAUCUCAAAUUUCUCUUGCGAGUGCCAUUCGCGCCUGCUCUUCUUGCAUAAAUCCACCAGAGGCUACUGUCAACUGACUGUCUACUGACUGACUGAUCAAUUGACUGACCCACCAGCCCUCAUCCCUAAACCCAACCAAUAAAAAGCACAGAUUUACCCGCCCACCCCUUCCCAAAACCCAAAAAGUAAUCCAGAAAAGCCCCCUGAUUUUUACCAUGUUUUCAGAUUUUACCACAUUCUCACCCUGUUAAUUACUUGUUUAUUUUAUAUUUUAUAGAAAUAUAAAAUACGUUUUAUAAAAUAAAAUAAAAUACGGGCUACGUUUUCAGAAUGAGUCUACGUUAGAAUUUAUCCUGUUUGAACUGUGUCUCUCAUCCCUAAUAAUGCUACCUAUGUAGGCAAUUCACUAGGUUUUGGAACAGAAGACUGAGCACCAUCCAGUGUACGCUGGUUUAAUUUGGAGUCAGAUGAAAUACGAGGUGUCCUGGUUGGCGAUGUUGAUAUUUGAGGUGUAGUUAUCCCCAUACCUCUUCACUGUGCCAAUAUAUUUAAUUUCAGUCAUCUUUCCACCGUCUCUCUGAGCUCUGAGACUGACUGACAUUUACUAGCACAUGCCUUUUUUAGCACAGUUUGUUUGGAUUUUUUAUUACCUCUGUUUUGCCAACAUGCACUUAUAAGUGCGUACAAAUCUCCUGCAUGAGCAUCAGGAAGGUCUCCAAUAUCCUGUCAUAUUCAUUCGGUGACUGUGUCUAUCAAAUGCACUGUGAAAAAGGACCGCUUGAACUGCUGUGGUCUCUUUAAUGGCCAGAUGUUACUGGACUUGUUCGCACUUUUUGAAUACCAGAAAUGGGCACACAAAACAAAUAAUGUAUUUUUAGAUACUGUAACUCAAGCCGUCUUGAUUUGAUGAUGUGAGACGGUAAUUUAAGGCAGCUUUGUGUCAGUUGCUAUGUUUGAAGUAUCAUGUGUUUGUUACAGCACUACAACUUUUUAGUCUAGGUUACGUUUACAUAAUGGAGAUGAGCAAGACUGGAUUCUAACUUGAGUUUAGUUUUAUUUAGUGUGGUUCACUUUUAGAAUUUUAGAUUUAUAUCUUGUUAUACAGAAAAAUAAAGAAGUACUGAUCCCACAAGGACAUUUUCACAAAACGUUAUAUUUAGCUUCAAAAUCACUUGCAAAAAAUAUAUUAUUUUUAGUGACCCAUUCCUUUUAUCUCAUUACUGCAAUACAUCUGAAUGUUUAUUUUAUCACUGUGAGGCUUAUUACUAUAAUACACAUGUAUUAUCUUAAUGUAUAAAUACUUUACAAUUUAAAUCAUAUUUUUUUUCAUUAAAAGGUGUUUUUUUUUUCUCAUUGCACUAAUGGGAACUUGGGGGAUCGGUUAACAUCUUAUUUUGAAAGACAAAAAAACUUUUAUGCUAAAUUUAAUUUGAUAUACUUAUAUACUAUAGCAAAAUAUGACAUAUUCCUGAAUGACUUAGGUCACCAAAAGCAAAUUAUUUUUGAUAGAAUGUUAUAAAAUGUCUCCCAGUGUUCGCAUGAGUCCAAAGACAUGCACUAUAGGUGAAAUCAAUUAAUUAAUUGGCCAUAGUGUAUGAGUGUGUGAAUGAGUGUGAGGUGUUUCCCAGAACUGUGUUGUGCCUAAAAGGGCAUCAGCUACGUGAAAAAAAAAAAAAACAUGCUGGAAUAGUUUGUGGUUCAUUGUGCUGUGGCGACCUCUGAAAUAGAGACUAAGCUGAAGAAAAAGGAAUGAAUGAAUUAGGGCUGCACAAUAUAUUGUUUCAGCAUCGAUAUCGCGAUGUGCACAUCCGCAGUAGUCACAUCGCAGGAUCUCAAUGUCAAGGAUGGACUAUUGUUGAGCAGAAGCUUGUAGAUUAAUAGCAAAUUUUAACCAUUUAAAGUUUAUUAAUUGCAUUUUUCCCUGUUAAACACAUCAAGUGAGUUUAAAGCAUUUAGGCACAAGAAACAAUAGCAUUUGUAGCUCUAACAAACAUACAUUUUUACAGCGAAGACUACAAAGUGUACGCUAUAUUUUUAAAUAUUGGUGUCCAACUGCUAUUAAGACUUACUAGGCAAAUAUAAUGUGUAUAUAUAUAAUAUUUUCACCACUAAAAAUCUGAUUUAAAGUUAAUUUUAAUAAUUUAGAGCUUUGAUAAACCAAAAAUAUUGAGUUUUUUUAAAGCGGCAGAGCUAUUGUAUGCACAGCCCUCUCUUCAUGUUUCAGUUGAGAUUAUGUCACACAUCACAUAAAAAGUGUGCUACUUUUAUGGAGAUACACUCCCCUAUAAAAUCACCCUAAUCAUUCUGAAACAAUAAAUUAUUAAAAAAAAAAGAGUUAUUCAAUCUAUGUAGUGAAGUAUAUUUCAUAUCGCAAUGUACAGUUGAAGUCAGAAUUAUUAGCCCCCUUUGAAUUGUUUUUCUUGUUUAAAUAUUUCCCAAAUUAUGUUUAACUGAGCAAGGAAAUUUUCACACUAUGUCUAAUAAUAUUUUUUCUUCUGGAGAAAUUUCGGCUGGAAUAAAAGCAGUUUUUGAUUUUUUAAAAACCAUUUUAAGGUAAAAACUUAUUAGCCCCUUAAAGCUAUAUUUUUUUUUCGAUAGUCUACAGAACAAACCAUCAUUAUAUAAUAACUUGCCUAAUUACCCUAACCUGCCUAAUUAACCUAAUUAACCUAGUUAAGCCUUUAAAUGUCACUUUAAGCUGUAUAGGAGUGUCUUGAAAAAUAUCUAGUCAAAUAUUAUUUAAUGUCAUCAUGGCAAAGAUAAAAUAAAUCAGUCAUUAGAAAUGAGUUAUUAAAACUAUUGUGCUUAGAAAUGUGUUAUAGAAAUCUUCUCUCCAUUAAACAGAAAUUGGGGAAAAAAUAAACAGGGGGGCUAAUAAUCCUGACUUCAAGUGUAUAUAGCUGAAAAAAAAAUAUUGCAAUGUCAAUUUUUUCCAAUAUUGUGUAGCCCAAGAAUGAAUGAUAUUAUAAAAUGUAACCAUUCAUAGGUGAAGUGAUUUAAACUGGCGCCUCUUCUGUAAUUCCCAGUGCAGAUCAUUAUUAAUAUCUCUCUCUAAGGAGUCUCACACAUCUUUAGCACACUAUAAAGUCCUAGGAGAAAUCAAACGAUAUUUUCACUCUGAUUGUCCUCUUUAAAUCCUUCAGUCUUGCUCAUCUCCUCUGAGCGGGUGCUCAUUAGUUUCAUUAAUGAUUUAUUUAUUUUUUGUGUGAAGCCUGCUGGACAGUAUUAUUUUCCCUCCAUUUUGAAUUGUGUGUUUUGCUGCUGUUACAAAUGACACUAACUGAGGUUGUAGACAAGGUCAUUCCCUCAAAGAGGUUUUGUUGCCAUCUGCUGGAUAGAAAACCCACUUUAUUGUUAAUAUUAUGACUUUAUUUUAUUUUUUCACUGAAUCGAAGUGCAUUGGAUGCUAAUAUCAGACUGAGUUUAAUAUACAUUAAAACUGACUCAAACCAU